CUAGGCUUCUAUGGAGACUUGUGUAUUUUUUGGUUAUGCUCUAUAACCUCAGUGACGAACGAUUUGUCGUUAAAGUUAAUUAAUUUUUCGUUUUAUUAACAUUGUCAUAAGUAUAUCAGUAUGGAGGAUAAAUUGAGACAAAUGGAAGAUGAAAUGAACAGGUUUGAGGCGGAAAUCGGAGGUCAAUUAAUUUCACCGAUUGUUAGACCUGUCAUCGGUUCUGACACAUAUAAUCAAGUUGCUAGACAGUUAGAGCAACAGGAAUUGCCAACGCCGGCUGUAGCCGCUGCUGCAGCAACACUUGCAUUUUCACCGAUGAUGGGAUUUCCUCCACCACCUCCACCACCGCCACCGCCACCACCGCCGCCUCCACCACCACCCAUGUUAAUUCCACCACAAGUAACCAGACAAGGACCUGUUCCUAUUACGACUUACUCUUCGCCAGCCCAAAUAAGUAAUCCAUAUAUGCCAUCGAUGGCAGAACCUUGCCUAAGUGGAAACCCAAAAUCAUACGACUCUACUUCAGCUCCUAUCAUCCACCCUGAAAUUAUAGAACAAAUCAUUAAUACUAAAAUACCAGACGAUGAAGGGAAAAGGAAACCAAAAAUAAAAGGUGUAAGUACAGCUGCUGAAUUAGCCAUUAGUCAGGGAAAAGCUAGCUCAAUUAUGGCUAAUGCUAGUGCUGAAGAGACGCAUCCGAAAGGUAGAGGAAAGAAAAAUAAAAAAAUUAUUAGAAUGGCUGGUGGCCAAACAUGGGAAGAUCCUUCACUUCUUGAGUGGGAUGAAGACGACUUUAGAAUAUUCUGUGGAGAUUUGGGAAAUGAUGUUACUGAUGAGAUGUUAAUAAGGGUUUUCGGCAAGUAUCCAAGCUUUCAGAAGGCAAAAGUUGUUAGAGAUAAACGAACUAAUAAAACUAAAGGUUUUGGUUUUGUUUCCUUCAAAGAUCCCCAGGACUUUAUUAAAGCAAUGAAGGAGAUGAACGGAAAGUAUGUUGGCUCUCGACCGAUAAAAUUGCGUAAAAGCUCUUGGAAGCAAAGAAACUUGGACACAGUACGGAAAAAAGAAAAAGAGAAACAAGCAUUAAUUGGAUUGUUAUCUAGUCGGUGACAUUCCCGUAUCAUUGCGGUGUCAAUUAUACGCUUCUAAUUUAUUAACCUUGUGAGUCCAAUAUUUUGAGGCCAUCUUUGUAAACAACAUUGAAUGUGAUCAAUCACGGAGGCGAGAGAACAACACGAAAAACCAUCAAGACCACAAACGUAAUUCUGAAUGAUCUACUUAAAGUGGUAGAUUAUUUGUGAUAUUUAAAAUAAUAAUAAUACGUAUUUUCCAUAUCAGGAUUCGAGGUAGUGAACUUUUUGUGAAUGCAUUUAAGUAUCUCCUCUUGUUACAAUUAGAUUUAAUAACAUGACCUCUUAAAACUGAUAUUAAGAAUUGUUUUUUUGGAAUACUGUUACGAUAAAGUAUCAUUGUAGCUUUUUUUUGGCAAAAAUAUGAAUAAAACUAAGCAUAGAGAAACGGGCAAGAACAUCGCUACAGAAUGAUUCGUACGACCGCGGUGCAAUGCCAAGACAUAGGAUAAUAAGUGUAGAUCAUUCCAUUUUAUUUUGAAAUAGGAGUAGAAUAAAUGUCUACUCUGACAGGUUUGAAUAUUUAUUUGUAAAAUAACAGUUAUUGGACAAUUCAAUGUGCUUGAAAUACAUAUGUAUAUUAUUCCUACA